AUGCCCAAGUUCCAGGUCGGGCCCAGCGAUCGCUGCACAAGGUCCCAGGCCCAUGGCCUUCGGCAGACCCGGUGGGUUCGCGGGGAAGCUGGCGAGAGCCUGGCGGUACUUGCUGGCGCCGCGGUGGCGGGCUCGUCGAUGCAACGAGACGACGAAGGUGAUGAUGAUGGUGAUGAUGAAAAUGAAGACAAUAAACAAGAUCAAGAACAGAAAAAUGAAGAUCAAGAUAAGGGGGAAGAAUUUCAAGAACACGAACACGAAGAUGAAAAUGAAGAUGAAGACGAAGGCCAAGAUAAAUAUCAACAAAAUGGAGAUGAAGAAGAAGAAGAAGACUAUGACUGUGGACAAAAUGAAGAUGUACUUGUGGAACACACCGCAGCCGAGGAAGAAGAAGAUGGGAAGGAGGAAGAUGAGAACGAGCACGAGCAAGAUGAGGACCAAGACGAAGAAGACCUCGACUCUGCAGCAUCCCCUUCCAGCAAAAGCUCCAGAACCAAGAGGACCGGGGAGUCCGGGUCACAAGAAGACGAACCUCCAAUCAAAAGACUCAGACGCGGCAGACGGCACAAGAACUCGACUCGUGGUUCCAGCCCAUCGUCCCAGCCCCCUCCGACUCGCCGCUCUUCUACUUCGGUUGACAGUUCGAGCAAGCCUGACAAGGGACGAGAAGCAUCUCGACGACGGUCAAAGGCGCCAUCGCCGCAGCCGGCCAGAGAGUCCGCGCCCGCGGCGCCGACGACUGUUCGGGUAGUCAUCUUCGUCAGGGAUGAUGAUAUCCUGGGACCAGCCUUCAGUACCAGCAACAGCUACUGCCAGUCGGUUCCCUACCUUAACCGGCAGAACCAGUUCCACAAGCCGGCGUGGACUCUGGCUCUCGCCGACGUAGAAAGUUCAGACCCCGGCUUGGCCAAAUACAUCCAGCACGGCCAUGGGUUUCACCAGUCCAUAGUGACGGCGCUGCACAUUUUGGAAGAGGGCAAGAAGGGCAGUCCGGAAGACAAAUUCGACGUCAAAAUUCGAGCCUGGACGGACGGCGCGAUCAGCAACUUGCUUCAAGAGCUGCAGACCAACAACGAAGCGUCCGGCGAGGACAUGCAGCCUGAGCCUCAGCCAUACACCAUCAUCUUGGUCAUGGACACCUCCAUGAACGACCCCACCGAGACCCCCAAGCCAUAUGACGAGUUUGCGGCGCGGCCUGCCGCCAACGUGCGCAUCUACCCCUGCCGCCAGGAGAUGGAAGGCGACAAUGGCAAAAUGCACGACAUCUACGCCUUUGACGAGGCGGCAGUGGUGACGGGAACGGCAGCCGCCAGACCGACGACCUGCUUCGGCCUGAGCGGGCGCGGGACGGACGAGCCCGAGGCCUGCCCCCUCCGGGACGAGCAAACGACCAUGUACAAGCGGAGCUGGAGCGGGUUUGGAAACCACGUCCGCGCCAUCGACGGCCGGCACCUGCCGCUGACCUGCCUCCCGAUCCCCCGCACCAUAGCGCCGGCUCCGCCGCAGCCGGCCAGGAAGGCGCGCAGGGAGCCGACGCGGCGAAAUCCAGACCGCGACGCCAAGAAGGACGUCUCGAUGCAGACGACGCACAAGACGACGGCGGCGCGGCAGAUGUCGACCCCGGGCUUCACCGACGCCGACUUCCAGCUCGACCUGCGCGACGGGCACGCUCGAGCCGGCACGCGGCGGCAGCGGUGGUUCCACCAGCGGCUGGUGCCGGCGCUGCGGCGCGGCGAGUUCCGCGUCUUCGUCGGCACGCAAAAGUCGGCGGGGGCGCUGCGCGGGCGCGCGGGCUACGUGGUGCAGGUGGUGCACACGGCCACGCGCCGCGACCCCGUCCAGUGCCGCGACUACGUCGACGUGCUCGCGCCGUCGGCCGACGAGGACGACGACGGCACCAACGACUGGAUGGGCGCCCGGGUCCGCGACGUCCAGGACUUUGCGCUCGCCACCUUUGAGGCCCUGCGUCGGCGGCGCGACAGGGCCUUUGAGAGCCUCGACGUCGGCUGCCGGAUGGAUAUCGGCGUGGCUGAGGCCGUUGGAGGCGACGGCGGCGGCGGCGGCGGCGGCGGCGGGCUGUUUGUCAACGAGCUGACCAGGUGGUACGGCGCCACCUACUUUUCCAACGACGCCCUGGCCUUGCCCAAGACCAGGAUCUGUGCGAGGUUCGCAAGGUCUUUUGCGGACUGGGUCAGGACUGGCGGGUAUCGUGAGGCGGAAGAGUGGGAGGAGGAGGAGUAG